UGCGAAUAUUAUCAUGCGUGAUCGCCGUGAGAGGACGCGCGCCGCAGCCGUGAGCCCAGGCCGGUUCGGAGGAUGUCGGACGGACCUGUGAAUAAAGUCCGAGUGAAACGGCAGAUCAGAACCAUCGUGAAGGAUCUGGAGAACAUUUUAGGGGACCUGAAGGAUGUUGCGAAGGAACUCAAAGAGGUGGUCCAUGAGAUUGACUGUCUCACAUCAGAUCUUCAUCUGGAGGAGGAGAUGACAGACAGCUCAAAGACAGACACGCUAAACAGCAGCUCGAGCAGCACCACGACCACCACCGUGUCCAGCAUCGACAAGAUCAAGAUCUACCCAGAGGAGAUGCUCUUCAGACCAGCGUCAGUCCCACCAGCGGUCCUCACCGUCCUGAAGAGACCUCACCCGCCCCUGCCGCCUCCCCGAAUGACCCCAAGCAGAUCCGAGGAGUACAGCGACGGCCUGUCAUCAAGGACACCGCCCGCGGCUAACGGGACAGUGAUGCAGAACCGAGUUUUCCCCGUGAAUCCCAUUAAUGUGUUGAGCAAAGAGUCAUGUUGUGGGGUGAAAAGUGUGACUGCGCCCUCCGCACCUCUACUGAAACUCGAGAAGAGCCGCUGUCCUCAGACCACGAGGGAGCGCGUGCGAUUCAGCGAGAAAGUCCAGUAUCUGGGCUAUUGUCCGGACUGUGACCUACAGUGUGAUGUGAACAACACGGAUCUGCACUUACACACGGAAUUGAUUGACGGCAAACUGAGUCCCUUACAUCAGUGCUCAUCCUCGCUGCCUGCUCAAGUCCUCCUGGACAACGGCAGCCUUGGGUUCCCCUCGAAGAAACCACACAAGACCAUUUUACGCCACAAAUCCACCACCACAACCGUUUGAUGUAGAUUGAGUCUAAAUGAACCAUUUAAAAGUUCUCUUUCUAGUUUAAUUUUAUAUGAAGAGCACCGGCUGAAGUGGCUCGUGAAGAAACAACAGAACCAUCAAAAGAUGGAGAUCAGAAGAGAAUGUUCUUCACAUCACCGGAGAGGUUGAGUGGUCUGUGGUACAAUCGUCUUGAGUUGGUCAUGUGACUCACAGUAUGUGACAGAAACCCCUCGAGCCGCUCGCAUCAUUAACAGUCACAAGCCCCCGACGGCCACAUCUCACAGAUAAAACAUUGCAGAAAGUGGCUUUCUACUGCAGAAGAAAUUAUAGUCUUAUUCUCUCUGUUUCACUGGGACAAAAGUUAUUUCAAUGAGGAAAAACCCAUAAUCCUUCAAACAGGAUUAAACGUUUUGAUCGGCGCUUCAGUCUGUCAUAUAAUGUUGCUGCUAGCCAAGUUAAACCAAAUAAAUCUAAAUAAUGAAGCAGAUAACAUGUAAAACAUUUAUUCACUUGAAGUGGGUAAUAAAGUGUAAUUCAGAUCACGUAUAUCCAGUACUGACUUGUUCAGCUGAGGACACGUUUGUAAAGAUAUUUUAUGUUUUGUAAAGAAAACCUUCAAAGAGCAUAUUUUUGAUAUUCUAUGAGAUCAUUUUAAAGAUGUCAACAUUUUUGU